AACACGCAACUUUCCAAAUCUUUAAUUACAUGUUGUAUAGCAGUAAACCUUGGGUGGACAAAAUACUAUAAUCUCAAAAUGACUUACCACUGGCAUGCAGAAAGUUAACUUACCAGGCUACUUCCUCCAAAAGGCUUUCAUUGACAACCCCAGCCUGAGCUGUCUCUCAUAUAAUUGUUUAGCAUCCAGUACUUCCUCUCAUGGUAACUCUUAUUAUAUUGUAACUAAGUUACUUGGUUGUAUCUCCCACUGAACUGUCUCUUGACUGAAAUAAAUAUGUCAACUGUUUGAGUACUUUUUUCACACAUAAGUCACUACUUCAUUUUUCUAAACCAAAGCAUGGAAGAGCUGGGAAGUAAUUAAGGCCCAGUAACCUAGAGGUCAUACUAUGCAAGGGAUAUGGUGUGUCUAUUAGCAACAGGUUCCAUUGGCUUAUGAGGCACUGCCUGAAGCUUCCAGGGAAAUAUAUAGGGGAAACAGUCCAGAGGAUUCAGGAUGGUCUGGUAUGACUCUGGACUAGCUCUAUCUGGACAGCCCAGUCCCUACACUGACCCCAGAAUGACACCAUAAUGCAGCCCUCUCUGACAUAUUUGUAACUCUGCUUGCCACAUAAUCAGUAUCCUCAUCUCCUAGCGCAUGGUAAUAACAUUGUCUUUAAUAUAAAGAUGUACCUAUUUGCAGUCACUACUUCUAUCACCACCACCAGCAGAGCCUGAGCUGAGGAAACCACGGUUCUCAAUACCCAGCACACCCACUUCCAAUUAUCUGUUAAAACAUGGUGGAUUACUAUGAAGUUCUAGGAGUGCAAAGAUAUGCUUCACCUGAGGACAUUAAAAAAGCUUAUCAUAAAGUGGCACUUAAAUGGCACCCUGAUAAAAAUCCAGAAAAUAAAGAAGAAGCAGAGAGAAAAUUCAAAGAAGUAGCUGAGGCAUACGAGGUAUUAUCAAAUGAUGAAAAACGGGACAUUUACGAUAAAUAUGGCAAAGAAGGAUUAAAUGGAGGUGGAAGUCAUUUUGAUGAUGAAUGUCAGUAUGGCUUCACAUUCCAUAAGCCAGAUGAUGUUUUUAAAGAAAUUUUUCAUGAAAGGAAUCCAUUUUCUUUUCACUUCUUUGAAGACUCACUUGAGGACCUGUUAAAUCAUCCAAAAAGCUCCUAUGGAAACAGAAACAGAGACGCAGGAUCCUUUUUCUCUACCUCCAGUGAAUAUCCAAUUUUUGAGAAAUUUUCUUCAUAUGAUACAGGAUAUACAUCACAGGGUUCACUGGGGCAUGAAGGCCUUACUUCGUUCUCUUCCCUGGCUUUUGAUGAUAGUGGAAUGGACAACUACAUAUCUAUUACAACUUCAGACAAAAUUGUUAAUGGCAGAAAUAUUAAUACAAAGAAAAUUAUUGAAAAUGAUCAAGAAAGAGAAGCUGAAGAUAAUGGAGAGUUGACAUUUUUUCUUGUAAAUAGCGUGGCCGAUGAAGAGGGCUUUGCAGAAGAAUGCAGCUGGAGAAGACAGUCAUUGAACAACUAUUCGCCAAAGUCUCACAGCUCCAAACAUGUAUCUCAACAUACUUUUGUGGACAAUGAUGAGGGAGGUAUAUCUUGGGUUACCAGCAACCGGGAUCCCCCUACUUUCUCAGCAGGAGUCAAAGAGGGUGGUAAGAAGAAAAAAAAGAAGCGUAAAGAGGUGCGAAAGAAGUCUACCAAAAGGAAUUGUUAAAUUGACUCUUCAAACAUAACAUUUGAACACAAUUGUGUGUGUUUUGGUUAAUCACAAAUUUUGUAGAUAACACUUGUUUAAUACUAUACUAAGAGCUUUUCAACACUCUUAGCAGGAUUGUGGACAUUUGGUUAGUAGUUGUUUGGAUUGGGUAUGUCAGAAAAGGAUGAGUUUGUUGUGACAGUUGGUGCUAUUAAGAAUUUGCCUGGGUAAUAUAGUGAGAUCUUGUCUCUACAAAAAAUUUAAAAAUUAGCCAAGUGUGGU